UGGAUCAAAGCAGAGGCGGGACUUCCCUCUCGGAAGUGACCCACGUGCUUCCGCUUUAGCCUCUUGAGGGCCUUGGUGAGUUUCUAGUGUUUGCCUGAAGUUGGGGACACCGGGAAUAUUGUGACCGUCCCCAGGCCGUGGACUAGGAGGCUAGAAGAUCUCUUCACGGUGCGGGGCGCAGAUGGAUCCGCUUAGGGCUCAGCAGCUGGCGGCGGAGCUGGAGGUAGAGAUGAUGGCUGAUAUGUACAACAGAAUGACCAGUGCCUGCCACCGGAAGUGCGUGCCUCCCCACUACAAGGAAGCAGAACUGUCCAAGGGCGAGUCUGUGUGCCUGGACCGCUGUGUCUCCAAGUACCUGGACAUCCAUGAGCGGAUGGGCAAAAAGUUGACAGAGUUGUCUAUGCAGGAUGAAGAGCUGAUGAAGAGGGUGCAGCAGAGCUCUGGGCCCGCGUGAGGCCCAGACAGUAUACGCCCCAAGGUGCACCCUGCCCCUUCCCACUUGUCUAAUAAAAAUGCCCCCAUUGGGUGUCAUCUGUGAAGACUGCCGGGCCUAGGCUCUCUCUGGAGAACCUCCAGGAGCCUAGAGUAUGGUAGAGCUCUCUCCUGGUCAAAGAAGGGGUAUUUCUCACACAGGAAUGUGACUGUGUAUGUGUGUAUGUAUAUAUAUAUUAAAGCAAGUCUGUUGACACCUGUGUGCAAA